UGAGGAGGCGGUACGGGGGCCCAUGGCAGAUUACGGGCCUGGCAGCAGCAUGAGGAGGCGGUACGGGGGCCCAUGGCAGAUUACGGGCCUGGCAGCAGCAAUGGGAGGCCAUACAGCACCCUAUGACAAAAUGGAACCCACCAGCAGUGUGAGGAGACCUGAAAGUGGCACAUGGCAGAGUGUGGCGAUGGAGACAGCAGCAAUGGGAGGCCGUACAGGGACCCAUGACACACUCUGGACCUGGCAGCAGCAUGAGGAGGCGGUACAGGGGCCCAUGACAGAUUACGGGCCUGGCAGCAGCAUGAGGAGUCGGCGGUACAGGGGCCCAUGGCAGAGUGGGGUUUACGGAGCGUAAGCUGCUAAAAUUGAAUGGGCCAUACAGAGGCCUAUGUUUAAAAAGUCCCCCCAGCAGCAGCGUGGGGAGACGACUAUCAAGAGUCCAAUGGCAGAGUGGCGGAGCAGAAGCAGCUUCAAUUGAAGGCCAUAACACAGGCCUAG